AGUCAGCCAUGGAAGAACCUGACCUCUACCACCUAGUCAGCCAUGGAAGAACCUGACCUCUACCACCUAGCCAGCCAUGGAAUGACCGAUCUCCAACCCCUAGCCAGCCAUGGAUUGACCUGACUUCCACCACCUAGCAAGCCAUGCAGGGACCUUACGUCCACCACCUAGCCAGCUAUGUAGAGACCUGACCACCACAACCUAACUUGCCAGGAAUGGACCUUACCUCUCUUAUAGUACUUUAUUGUACAUCUUUUUGGAAGCUUUACGUUUACAGCAUCAUUCUGCAGUGGAGCCAUUUGCAGAUCUAUAGACCACCUCCUGGAUGUUCCCUGAGGAGGUACAUCUAUGGAUCGGGAGUUCUCCAACUGCCCUGUUCACAUCAAGCCUCUAGGACUUACAAUAGCCACAAUGCAGGGCCAGUAUUUCUCAGAGCACCAGCUUUUGGUAACAAGGUAGCUUUUAUUGACCAUCAUGGACAGCAUUCAUACAAGGACCUUUACCUUCAAAGCUAUUCCCUGUCCAAAAGAAUCAACCAAGUCUUGGGGUCUCCGAAUAAUGACUGUGUACCCGACAGAGUGUCUUUCCUGUGCCCCAAUGACUCCUCUUAUGUAGUCUGCCAGUGGGCUGCAUGGAUGAGCGGUGCCAUUGCUGUGCCUCUUUGCAGGACUCAUCCUCUUCCAGAGCUGGAGUAUGUUCUUCAAGAUUCCCAGAGUGCACUGGUUGUGGCAGACGAAAUUUACAAAGAUCUUAUGGCUCCCUUGGCUGAAAAACUAGGGAUUUCUAUGCUCACAGUGUUUGGAGCUCAGCCUCAACUCUCCGUAAAGAAAAUUUCUGAAGUUGAUCUUCACCAACUAAACUGGAAAGAGAGAGAAGCCAUGAUUGUCUACACUAGCGGGACAACUGGGAGACCCAAAGGUGUUGUCAGCUCACACCAAAACCUGCAUGCUACGGUGAAUGCUCUAGUGAGUGCGUGGCAGUGGACCAAAGAAGACCGUAUACUUCACGUCCUACCUCUUCACCAUGUUCAUGGCGUGGUCAAUAAGUUGAUGUGCCCUCUGUGGGUUGGAGCCACAUGUGUAAUGCUGCCUGAAUUCUCCCCUAAAAAGGUUUGGGAACAUUUUCUCAGUACAGAUGUGCCGUCCAUUAAUAUUUUUAUGGCUGUACCCACCAUUUACAGCAAGCUGAUUGAGUACUAUGACCGUCACUAUACCAGCCCCAACGUUCAAGACUUUGUGCGGGCAACGUGUCAGGAUAAAAUCAGGUUAAUGGUAUCUGGUUCUUCUGCUCUUCCUGUGCCGGUCCUGGAGCGUUGGAAAGAGAUAACUGGCCAUACCUUGUUGGAGAGAUAUGGCAUGACUGAGAUUGGCAUGGCUUUGACAAACCCACUAAAGGGGGAGCGCAUACCAGGCUCUGUUGGCAACCCUCUGCCUGCAGUGGAGGUCCGCAUCACGUCCCAGAAUCCACAGAAAGAAGGAAGCAACUAUAUUAUCCAUGCAUACGGAGAUGAAACUGGCACUCGAGUUUCUACCGGCCUGGAAAAUAAGGAUGGUGAAUUGCAAGUUCGAGGCCCCGCGGUCUUCAAAAAAUAUUGGAACAAGCCUCAAGAGACGCAGACAGCUUUCACAUCAGACGGCUGGUUCAAAACAGGAGAUACAGCUGUAUACAGAGAUGGCUCCUACUGGAUCCUGGGCCGGACGUCGGUGGACAUCAUUAAGAGUGGAGGGUACAAGAUCAGUGCAUUGGAAGUGGAACGCCAUCUCCUGGCUCAUCCCAGUAUUAUAGAUGUGGCUGUUAUCGGCGCACCUGAUGUGAUAUGGGGACAGCAUGUGACAGCCAUUGUUAAGCUCCAGGAUGGGCAUGCCCUGACAUUGCAGCAACUGAAGGAGUGGGCCAGGGCAGUCAUGGCCCCGUACUGCAUUCCUGCCGAGCUUAUCCAGGUGGAAGAGAUUCCCAGAAACCAGACGGGAAAAAUCAAUAAAAAGCAACUACUGCUGCAUUUCUAUCCCUAGUGAAAGGGGAACGGAGAUAUUCGGCAGGAUCUAUUGGACCCCGAAUCUACACUCACACUCGGAAUCCUCUGCAAACUCCCGCUACGUCGUAGCUCCGUUAUUAAGCACAAACACUUCCUAGUAACACAUACAUCACACAGACACAGCCCUAAGACCAUAACUACACAAAUCAAACAUAAUAUUCCUUGGUAAUCACACAUACAUGCAACAUGACAGGCGUUCACACUCAAGCAAAGCACAUUUUGUAUACUUACAAAAUUCUAUAUUAAGUUCUUACAGUGAGCGGCUUUAGACACAUUACAUUUACACACAUUCUUUCUCUCAUAGCAGUGGCUAGUCCAACCACUGUGUAUUUAGUCAAAUAGAGUAAACAAAGGCAAUGUUACAGAGCUAUUCUCUUGGCACGGGCCAUAAACCAAAUGGAGGGUGAGAGAAGCUGGCACACGCUAAGCAAGCGGCCCACCACCCUGGAAUCUGAAAUCCUACACAUCCUGUAACCUGUCAAUUUUUAUCUGACAUCAUUACGAAUGGUGAAAAAUAAAAUGUAAAAAAAAAAA